AUGACUACCACCAUCGCAGAACCAUACAACAUCACACGGCCACACUCUGUGUCUGAAUGGAAGCUGUCAGGAACAUGCCUGGUCCGCCCUCUCCGCGGCGCAGAGCUGCUCGUCCGGUCCUCAGAGCACUACUGCGAUGGAAACUUCAACCUCACCACCAAAGCAACCAUCUCGUCCACCCUAACCGACGCCCAACUCCUCCGUCGCCACCAGGCAGCCUGGUACCGCACCCGCCUCGUCCACCCCGUCAUCGGAGUCCACUUUCCCACCCUCGAACAGGCCUCAUACGCGCUGCACCAGACCGCAAGCGAAGCAAAACAAUGGACACAGCAGACAUGCCUCGUCGAGACCAAAACCACAGUCAACGACGUGUACCUCGCCCGCUCGCGCGCCAAAAUGGGCGCCAUCUCCAUGACGCUUGUCCUCGACCCGGCCCGCGGCCCCCGCGGCUGCGUGCUGAAUAUCUCGCACACCCUCAUGAACGCGGACUUCUUCGUCAUCGUGCAGGAGUAUAUCGCGCAGCUGGGCAACACGGAGAACGAGCGCGGCGUCGAGGGGAUAUUCAACCCGACACUUGAGACUGUGCAGUCCAUUUCACCGCGUCUCCCCCAGUCCCUCAGCAACGCAUACACCCGCCUCACCCCUAGCCCUACACCCCAAGACCUGCAGGACGCAAUGCACGCGUACGAACGCGCGCAAGCUCGCUGGACCCGCCCCUCCAUCGGAAUCCCCCUGCACCCCAACCACGCACGUAGAACCCGGCACAUCCAGAACAAAACCAUCGCGUUCGAACCGUCCGAGUCCCGCGCCGCAUUCUCGUUCCUGAAAGAAUCCGGCCUCAGUCUCACAGCCGCCUUCUUCGCGUCUAUGGUCGCAGCAAUCGCAACCCGGUACCCUGCCACACCCGAAGAACAGAUCGACGGCGCACACCUGUGCUUCCCCGUCCACGGGCGCCGGCGGCUCGACACGGACGCAACUGAAGACGGCGCUGGCCCCGUGCGCAUGCCCAUCAUCCCCUGCAGCGCGUGGGUAUCAUCGCACGAAGCAGACCUGACCCCAACCAGCCAAAAAGGGCUCAUGCGCCUCGCGGCGCAGAUCUCCCGCGCAAUGAACGACGAGGUCUCGUCCCCGCACGUCAUCGCCGUGUUCGAGCAGCUCGGCCCGGAAAUGGCGAGGGCGAUUGCGGACGCGUCUACGGCCCCGCCAGAACCUCCUGCUGCUGGGUGUUCCGCCGCCCGCGGCCGCCCAACGCUAACAUCGCAAGGGCAGUUCUCGAACGCGCGGGACAGGCUGGCGCAAACGCAAACAAAAGCGGACGGAGAGAACGGGGAGGGGGGGACGGCCAUGAGCGACUUCAACUCGGGCGGGCGCACGACGGAUCCCAGCGUGUGCUUUGCGCUGAAUAGCUUCCGCGACGAGCUACGGUUUAAUUUGCUGUUUGAUGAGAGGUUCUUUGGCUACACGGAGACGAUGAUGCUUGGGUUUGAGGUUGCGGGGUUGUUUAGGCGGUUGGUUGGAAUUCAUGGGGAUGGGGAUGGGGAUGUGUCGCUGGGGUCUGUACGGGCGAGGUUAUGA